AGCUAUCCUUCCGUUUUCUUUCUUUCUGUAUCUGCGUUGUAAGGUGCCUGACAAGCUCAAAUGGGAGCUUUGCAAAUGGUGCUCGUCCAAUGCGUGGAGAAGCAACCUGUUCAUGUUACAUCCGCGAUGCGUGUACUUUCGCAGAUCCCCUUCACCAACUCUCCUCACACUCUGCGCGAUGCAAAUGAACAAUCGUUUUUUUUUUUCUCGUAUGUGUGUGCUCUUCAUAACGAUGACUUUUCCAUUCAUAUUCCCUUCAUGCCUUAUCCCACCGUCUGAAAUACGUCAAUUAGUUUUUCUCUCCUCGUGCACAUUAGCACGAUAGAAGAGCAGAGAUCGUGUUUGCUCUCCAUAACGAACGCGCGCAGGUCCCUUUGGGCAUCUCCUCACCCACUACGUAAUUGACCUUACUGCGACUCCCCCUCGCCCUUCGAUGCCCAAGCCCGCACCUCGCUAUUUCAUCGGGCUCCGUCCUGCCCCGAAGCGGCAAAAUGUCGGUGGUCAAUUCCUCGGCACCCAGAAGCACUACGCGCGCGAGCUAUGGUACAAGCGGCAGUACUUCUCCACCCGCCCUUUCGCAAUCCAGAAGCACAUGGGCAGCACGCCGCGCAUUCUGCUCGAUCGGACGCUGUGGCGGUGCUUGUGGAUCAACAAAGUCAACCUACCCGACAUUAACCGCUGGGAGAGGGUAGUCAACAACCAGCGUGUGACGGAGGACCGCUGGGCGCUCGUGGAGGAGGAGGGCGUCAUGUACCAGGUCAACUGGAAGAUGUACAGCGAGCGGCUAGAGACGGAACUGCAGAAGGCGCAAGACCAGUUGCCGCAAUACAGCUUCAUGAUGAAAGCCGUUCCGUCCUCGUGGAAGAAACUCGAUAUCGAACUCAGCGUCUUGCGUGGGCUGUCGGUGCGAGAGGCCAUGGCGCAGUGCAAGCUGUCCACCCGGAAAGGCCACAUGGCAGUUUUUCGAGCCUUGGAACUGGCGCAGCAAGGCGCCGAAGGAAAAGGCUUGGACAAGGAGCAUCUACGUAUUGCCCACAUCACCUGCAUGCCAGGUCCGACAGACAAGCAGGUGGAUAUUCGUAGUCGUGGCUAUUACUCCUGGAAGACGAAGAAGUCCUCACACAUGCUCAUCACGCUGGCGGAGGACCCGGAGAUGGUGCUGCCCGACCGCACCGCCAUCCCGUAUGCGUCCUUGAUGACGAUGAAGCGUGCGGGACUUCGCACGGAGCCAACAGUGCUGGAUGUUCCGGCGAUUACUGCGGAGGGGAUUUAG